UCAAUAAGAAAGGGUGUCGCUUUAGUUUCUUUGCUGGGUACAUUUAGAAACACCCAUAAGAAAUGGACAAAGGUAUAGUGAUCUGAAAAGCAAAGAAACAAAAAGGUUGAUAUAUACAUGCAAUGAUAUCCCAAAGUUUGAGCUUCAAAUAAGGCCAAUGCUCAUGAAGACAAUAUCCACAGUAUAACAUUUACUAAUCUGAAUCCAAAGCUCCUUCUAUAUAUGUUGUGAUUAACAAACUAUACUAGAGCACAUCUACAAGAGGAAAAAAGGACAAUCAAGAACAAAUAUGAGCAAGCCACAUAUUUUAGUUAUUCCUUACCCAGCACAAGGUCAUGUAAUUCCCUUGAUGGAGUUAUCACAGUGCUUAAUAAAUCAUGGCUUCAAAGUCACAUUCGUGAAUACGGAUCAUACUCACGAGCGAGUCAUGAAUGCCGUAGCUGAUGAAACUCAUAGAGGAGAUGAUCAGCUUCAUCUGGUUUCAAUUCCAGAUGGGUUAGAACCAUGGGAGGACAGGAAUGAGCUGGGUCAGUUAUGUGAAGCAAUAUACCGAGUGAUGCCUGGGAAGUUGGAGGAGCUCAUAGAGAAGAUCAAUGGAGGGGAAGAUGACAAAAUAACUUGUGUCAUUGCUGAUUUCAGUAUCGGGUGGGCUCUGGAAGUGGCAGGGAAAAUGAAUAUCAAAAGUGUUGCCUUUUUUCCUGCGGCAGCUGCAGUUUUGGCUUUGAAUUUUUCUAUUCCACAGUUAAUACAUGAAGGAAUCAUUAAUAGUGAUGGAACUGUAUCAAAAGGCCAAGUGAUUCACUUGGCACCAAACAUGCCCAUCAUGAAGACCGAAGACAUGCCGUGGUUAUGCUUUGAUGGCUUAGCCACUCAGAAAAUUAUAUUUCAAGUCGGACAAAGAAACAACAAAGCUGCGAAACUGGCAGGCUGGGUUAUUUGCAACUCAGCAUUUGACCUCGAACCAGCAGCAUUUGCCUUGGCACCCGAGAUUUUACCAAUAGGCCCUCUUUUGGCAAGCAGCCGGCUUGGAAAAACAGCAGGCAACUUCUGGCCAACGGAUUCCACUUGCUUGGAUUGGCUCGAUCAACAACCUCCCUGCUCAGUCAUCUAUGUUGCAUUUGGAAGCUUCACAGUUUUUGAUCAAACCCAGUUCCAAGAAUUGGCUUUAGGUCUUGAACUGUCCAAUAGGCCAUUCCUGUGGGUUGUGAGGCCAGACAUCUCUGAAAGUACUCCCUAUCCAGAAGGAUACCAAGAACGAGUAGGUUCUAAGGGAAUGAUGGUGGGAUGGGCACCCCAACAGAAGGUUCUAUCCCAUCCUUCAAUUGCUUGCUUCCUAAGUCACUGUGGUUGGAACUCUACCAUGGAAGGUGUAAGCAAUGGGCUUCCUUUCUUGUGCUGGCCAUAUUUUGCUGACCAGCUCUUUAACGAGGGCUACAUUUGCGAUGUUUGGGAGGUGGGAUUGAGGUUUGAUAAGAAUAAGAGUGGAAUCAUCCCGAAAGGAGAAAUCAAGAACAAGGUGGAACAACUUCUUGGAGACGAAAAUUAUAGAGCAAGGGCUUCUAAACUCAAGGAAAUGGCCAUCACUAAUGUCGAAGAAGGAGGCCAAUCUAACAAGAUCUUCAAGAAUUUAAUUGAAUGGAUAAAGUCGUAGAGGCAAGUUCAUACUUCAUAGUAUUUUCUUUUAUACGAAAGGCAGAGAAGUUCCAACAGAAAACACUUUGCCCAGGAAAUGUAAUAAUUCGUAUAACAUUUUCU